AUGCCUGCGCCCACGCCCACGCCGCCUGCCGCCGCACAGCCCGCCGCCGCACAGCCCGCGCCUGCCGCUGCCGCCGCGCCCCCUGCCGCCGCGCCCCCUUCUGCCUCCUCCCCCGCCCGCCUGGACCCGCAGGAGGCUGAGGAGUGGUGCACCAUGGAAGGCGUCAUCGAUCAGCGGGGCAGGGGGAGUGGCACGCGGUACCUGUGCCGGUUUGAGGGGUAUGGCGCGGAUGACGACAUGUGGCUGCCGGCCAGCCAGAUCACGGAGGUGGCGAUGGCAGCGUGGCGGAGUGGCGGGCAGCGGGAGUGGCGCCAGCGGGUGGCCAGCCAGCCAGCCAGUCAGCCCUUCAUUGAGCGGCAGCGGGCGCGUGGGCAGCCGUUGUAUGCCUGCUAUGUGGACUUCAAGCAGGCCUUUGAUAGGGUCCCGCGGCAUCUGCUGUGGCAGAAGCUGGAGAGCGCCGGCUUGGGAGGCUGGGCGGUGCGGGCGGUGCAGGCCCUCUAUGCGGCGGUUCCCAUGUGCAGCGGGGAGUGCGUGCCGCCAUUAUUUUACGCUGAUGACCAGGCCCUGCUGGCCACCACGCCGGCAGGCCUGCGUUUCCAGCUUGGUUACCUUGAGAGCUACUGUGCCGCCUGGGGCCUGACGGUUAACACCAAAAAGACCCAGGUGGUAGUGUACACCGCUGGCAGGGCUGCUGCCACGGAGGAGCGGUUCCGCUACGGCAAUGAGGUGGAAACCGUCCCCACCUUCAGAUACCUCGGCGUGCACCUGCACUGCCGGCAGGCCUUUGCCUCGGCGGCAUCGUAUCGGGCGGAGGCUGGGCGGCGCGCGAUGCACCUGCUGCGUCGCCGCCUGGCCGAGAAUGGGUUGCAGGACCCCCUGCUCAGCAUGCGUGCGUUCCAGUCUUACGUCCUGCCGAUGCUGUCGUACGGGGCAGAGAUCUGGGCGCCGCAGCUGAUUCUGCAGGGCAGGACGGCAUGCGAGCGGGUACAGCUGAAGUACCUGCGAGGGCUGCUGGGUGUGCGGGACAGCACCCCAGCCCUCAUUGUGCUGGCAGAGACCGGGCAGCUGCCGCUGCCCGCCUACUGGACCUUGCAGGUUGCACGCUUUGUGAGCAACCUGCAGGCUAUGGGCGGCGAGCGGGCAGCACCCCUGCGACGGCGGCGGCAGCAAGCCGUGGACCGAAACGCCGUGCCGCCGAGUCCCGUGGCUGUGGCCGUGGGCUUCUGGCAGGAAGCUACGGCCGCAGCUCGAGCCGCUGCCUGA